UACAAUUACGGUAGGUGCAAUAUUGAUAAGCUGCCAUUCCCAUUGCAUUAGACACUAGUCACUCCAAACCUUUUAACAUAAAAACGUUAUAAUCCAUUUUUUCUUUCAUCUCCAAUCCAAUCGAAGUCAAAACUAAUAUUCGAUCACAAAAAAAAAAAAACACCAAGAAAAAACAAUGGUGAUGGAGCAAGAUGGAACGACAUCGUCGUGUUCGGUCGUGUCAGAGUUUGAAGGGACAAUACUGAAGAACGCGGAUUCAUUCUCUUACUUCAUGCUCGUCGCGUUCGAAGCAUCUGGUUUAAUUCGUUUCGCAAUCUUGCUGUUUCUCUGGCCCGUAAUCACACUCCUUGACAUUUUCAGCUACAGAAACGCCGCUCUCAAGCUCAUGAUUUAUGUGGCCACGGUUGGUUUACGCGAACCGGAGAUUGAAUCGGUGGCUAGAGCCGUCCUGCCAAAGUUCUACAUGGAUGACGUAAGUAUGGACACGUGGAGGGUUUUCAGCUCAUGUAAGAAGAGGGUCGUAGUGACGAGAAUGCCUCAAGUUAUGGUGGAGAGGUUCGCCAAGGACCAUCUUAGAGCCGAUGAAGUUAUCGGCACCGAACUGAUCGUGAACCGGUUCGGUUUCGUCACCGGUUUGAUACGUGAAACCGAUGUCGAUCAAUCUUUUCUGAACCGUGUCGCUAAUUUGUUUGUUGAUCGGAGGCCUCAACUAGGUCUUGGAAGACCGGCUGUGACCGCUUCUACAACUUUCUUAUCGUUAUGUGAGGAGCAUAUUCAUGCACCGAUUCCAGAAAACUACAGCCAUGACAGCGAACAACUUCAGCUACGUCCACUUCCAGUGAUAUUUCACGACGGACGCCUAGUGAAGCGGCCAACUCCAGCCACCGCUCUGCUCAUUCUCCUUUGGAUCCCAUUCGGAAUCAUUCUAGCUACGAUCCGGAUAAUUCUUGGAGCCAUCCUCCCGUUAUGGGCUACACCUUACGUCUCUCAGGUAUUCGGCGGCCAUAUUAUCGUCAAAGGAAAGCCUCCUCAGCCACCAGCGGCUGGAAAAUCCGGUGUGCUCUUUGUGUGUACUCAUAGAACCCUAAUGGACCCGGUGGUUUUAUCGUACGUGCUUGGACGCAGCAUCCCGGCCGUUACAUACUCAAUCUCGCGGUUAUCUGAGAUAUUAUCUCCCAUUCCAACCGUCCGAUUGACAAGAAUCCGGGACGUAGACGCGGCCAAGAUCAAGCAACAACUGUCUAAAGGAGAUCUAGUGGUUUGUCCUGAGGGAACCACUUGUCGUGAACCGUUCUUGUUAAGAUUCAGCGGGCUUUUCGCUGAGUUAACGGAUAGGAUUGUUCCCGUUGCGAUGAACUACAGAGUCGGAUUCUUCCACGCGACCACGGCUAGAGGCUGGAAAGGUUUAGACCCAAUAUUCUUCUUCAUGAACCCGAGACCGGUUUACGAGGUUACGUUCUUGAACCAGCUUCCCGUGGAGGCAACCUGUUCGUCUGGGAAGAGCCCGCACGACGUGGCGAACUAUGUUCAGAGAAUCUUGGCGGCUACGUUAGGGUUCGAGUGCACUAACUUCACAAGAAAAGAUAAGUAUAGGGUUCUCGCUGGAAACGAUGGAACGGUAUCGUAUUUGUCGUUGCUUGACCAAUUGAAGAAGGUGGUGAGCACUUUCGAGCCUUUUCUCCAUUGAAAAUAUUCGAAUCAUCGAUCAUUGGGUGAUUGAUUUCUCCUCUUUGCUUCAGUAGAUUAGAUCAGUAGUUUUCAAACUUGUUUGCAAUUUCUUUCACUUGGUUAAGUUUUGUUUUCGUAGAAAAGUAUGGGGUUGAUUUUUUUUAUAUGGUUUAAUAUUAUGUAUCGUAUUAAUUAAACUUGUUUUUCUUACUGAAUUAUGUAAGUACCCAUAACAGUUGUUAAUGUAAUAAAUAUAUGGGGAUGAAUAUGUAGUUUUGUUAGUAAUCAUGAUUAUGAAUUGUUUGUUGAUU